UCGCACCAUCAUUCUACAGAGUUGACUCACACUGCGCGUAUGACUUGGCCAGCUGUGCUGUGCGCUUGCAAAUAAAAAAAAAAGAGAAAAAAUAGUGUAUCAAGAUUUCACUUUGUUUUUAAACAUUAUUAAACAAUAGUCGAAAUUACGAGUGUGUGUGGCAGUUAAAGCAAAAGUUUUUUGUGGUUUGUUUGCGGUGCGCGCGCGUCUCAAUUGUGUUUUUGUUCUUUUUCUCGUAUUAAGCACAGUGAGAGAUGUUCGGGGUCUUCAUGCGGCUGCCGCAGUCGCUGCUACGCGAAACAUAAAAGAAAUUUGCUGUUUGCCGCCGACGUCAUCGAACACGCAUACAUAGCGAGAUACACUAAGCACACACACACACAUGCACUAAGCAGUCAUUGAAAUUGUUGCUGGAUAUGUGAAUUAUGAAAGCAAUUUAUCAACUGGAAAUCGAACAGCGACAACAACAAACCACAAACUGUCUGACCAAGCAAGAAGAAAUACGCGAAGCACAACGAAACAAUAAAAGCGUUCAUUGAUCGACGCGUCACAGCAACAACAACAGCAGCUGCAGCGAAGGGUUGGAAGUGCAAGAGUAACAGAGUGAGAGGCGCAUAAGAUUCGCCGCUCUCAUCAGCAAUUGGCUGGAGUGCUAUACAACUACAACUACAACUUGUUGCUUAUACUAAACUUACACACACACGCACAUAGUCAGCUGUGUGCGUGUGACCUUUGGCGGCGUUUCCCCUCGAGCAUUUUGUGUCCCGCAGCAUGGAGGAGCAAUUGCAGCUGGAGCUACAGCCGCUGAACAAGCAGCAGCAGCAGCAACUCAGCAACGGCGAAGCAAGUGGAGAACAAGUGGAGCAUGUGGAGGAGCAGCAGCCACAGUCGAAACAACCGCCACAACUCAAACUAAACAUCAACACGUCAAGCAACUCGAUCAACGAUUAUGUGGCCACCACAACAGAACAGCUGCCCGUGAUACCAGUAAUCCAGCAAACGUGCAGCACGCCCAGCACACCGCUGCCACAACCGCAACCAGUUGAGCCCGUGGCAGGCACAUCGCGGCAACUCUUCAGGGAAGCGGCUAACGCUCAUGGCGGUCAGGAGUCGCUGGCGCUGCUGCAGCAGGAGAUUAGCAACAUUGCGGCCACGCAAAUUCCGAAGGUGUACAGCGACAGUUCGAUGCUGGACGCGACGGUGUCGAGGAAUCCCUCGACGAAGCACGAGAAGAAGAUCGGACAUCGUCGGGUGGCAGAGGGCGGCGAGGUGACGUACAAGAAGAUCCAGUCGAAGCAGAUCAUGGGCUCCAUUCAGCUUGGCAUACAGCAUACGGUGGGCAGCUUAGCGAGCAAACCGAAGCGAGAUCUGCUGAUGAACGACUUCUGGGAGAUGGAGACGAUUGCCUUUCCCCCGGAGGGUUCUUCGCUAACGCCUGCGCAUCACUAUAGCGACUUUAGGUUCAAGGUCUAUGCACCGAUAGCUUUUCGUUACUUCCGCGAUCUGUUCAACAUUGAACCGGACGAUUUUCUCAUGUCAAUGGUGGCAUCGCCAAUGCGCGAGUUGUCCAAUCCGGGUGCCUCGGGUUCGAUUUUCUAUCUCACGGACGAUGAUGAGUUCAUCAUCAAGACGGUGCAGAAAAAGGAGUGUGAAUUUCUGCAGAAACUGCUGCCCGGUUACUACAUGAAUCUCUCGCAGAAUCCGCGAACGCUGCUUCCCAAGUUCUUUGGCCUCUACUGCUUUCACUACAACUCAAAGAAUGUGCGACUGGUGGCUAUGAACAAUCUGCUUCCUUCGGAUAUUAAAAUGCACUCCAAAUACGAUCUAAAGGGUUCCACUUUCAGGCGCAAGGCGUCGAAGGCAGAGCGCCAAAAGGCGAGUCCCACAUUCAAGGAUCUCGACUUUGCCGAGCAUCAUCCCGAUGGCAUUUUCCUCGAGGCAGACACUUAUACGGCACUGAUGAAUACCAUUAAAAGAGAUUGCAUGGUGCUGGAGAGUUUCCAGAUUAUGGAUUACUCCCUGCUGGUUGGCAUACACAAUCUGGACAUUGCGGCCAAAGAGAAACGCGAGGAGCGCAUACGCAAUGCGCGGGCGAAGCUGCAGCGCAAAGAGGGAAGCGCAGCAGCGGCGCCUUUGGCCACGGUAAACGAUGACGAUGCACCCGAAGCGGAUCAGGUGAAUCAGCUGCAUGCGGUCGCCUCUUACGCUUCGAUACCGGGCACCUCGGCAGCGGGCUUGAAUCGCACACGCAGCAUGAAUCGCCAGCGUUUGGUGGCACAUUCCACGGCGAUGGAGUCCAUCACCGCCGAUCUGGAUGCCACGAUCGAGGAGGGCGACGAUGAGCCAAAAGGCGGCAUUCCCGCACGCUCGUCGAACGAUGAACGCUUGCUGCUCUACAUUGGCAUCAUUGAUAUACUGCAAUCGUAUCGUCUCGAGAAGAAGCUGGAGCACACAUUCAAGAGCAUACUGUACAAUGGUGACACGGUCUCCGUUUGUCGUCCGUCGUUCUAUGCGAAGCGCUUCCAGGACGCCAUGGGCAAGCAGGUGUUCAAGAAGACACCCACAUUUCCGCUCAAACAUUCCCCCUCGAAGCGCAAAACCUCCACCACCCAACUACGCACGCCGCUCCCCCGCACGCCCGCCUCCAAUGCGGCAAACGUGACGGUGAACGGCGGCGGCGGAGGGCGGCCAGUGAAUCUGGCCAUGUUGUCGGGCAUGUCGACGCCGCCGCCUGCGUUCGAUGACAUCUCCGAGGAGGAUAUUACGGCUGCUGUUUCCACCACAACGCUGCAGCAGCGCAGCAGCAAUAGCAACAGCAACAUUGGGAACAGCAUCGAGAAGCAUCGUCUGCAAUCCCCGUACUCUUAUGACAGUUCCAUGCGCAGCAGCAGCGCCUUGACCAGCGACUACAGCGACGAUGAGUCCACAACGGGGGCACAGAUCACUACGCGGCACACACAGCACAGCAAUGGCAACGUUGUGAGUCGCCAACACAGCGGCGACAUCGACAGACCGAACUCCGGGUCGAGGACACUGCAUCUGACCAAGACGAGUGUGCAGGUGACCACGGUGGGCUAUGUGGAGGAGACGCCUGCGCAUAUGGUGGAUGUGAAUGGGAAGCCUGCAACGGUGUUGCAUGCCACCACAAAGACGGCGCACAUCCAGGCGCCCAGCUACACAUCCACGCUGCUGGUGAACGAUGUGCCGCGAUGAGGAUUAGAGAGAGAGAGAGAGAGAGCGAGAGAGAGGAACGAGAAGGCGAUGGCGAUGUGUAAUAAAUAUCCUGUUUACCUACCCUACAGAUUGGUGCUGGCUUUCACUGAGAACACUGUAAUAUCAACACACUCCCCCCACCACCCGCUGCGUUGUGUGUGGCAUGUGGCAAGCGUAAAAGCGAGUGUGUGAGUGUGCCUCUCAUAUUCGAUGUGGCUGCUGCCGCGCGCACAGCUCGUUUAUCUUGAUUAAACAAAUACGAAAAAACGAAUAUGUGUAUUCGAUAUGAAAAUUUAUGUGGCGCGUUUGUUAAUUGACUGCCACACACUCACACACACACACAUACACACACUCGCGUUACUAUGCAACAUGUUAGAGAGCAAACGAAAAGCUGAAAUGAAAAGGAAAUCCUAGCAAAAAAAAUUCGACUCAAUUUGCUUUUUAUUUCGCUUUUCGUCUCCCCAUUAAAAUUUAUAAUUAUUUUCAUUUUCCUAUCACAUUUUGUUUGUCCUUUUCCCAUUUUUUUUUUAUGUUCGUGUUCGUUUUUGCUUUGGUUGUAAACUCGACUCGUAAUUUGUCUGUGGCCUUCAUUGGAUAUAGGUUCUUGAUAUUAUCUCUAUAUGUAUUACUGUUAGUCGCAAGUUUUCUCUGCACACAGCGAGAGAAAACUUCACAAAAUGCUUUAGCGCAAACAAGUUUGACAUUGUUAAUCUGUGUAUUUUUGUAUUAUAAAAUGCGUUUAUCUGUAUGCUAGGAUCAUAUUGUAUAUACUUAACAGAUUUAAUGAAAUAAACGAAAUUAUUAA